GCGGCGGACGAACCUCCCGUCACCCGGUACUGGAUCCGACAUGGAGGCGCUGCGGGCGGCGGGGCGCGCUGUGCUACGGAGCCCGCGCCUCACCCGGCACGGCCUGGGGCUGCGGCGGCGGCGCAAGCUUCCCGAGAGCUGGGCUGAUAUGCAGGAGCCACUGCUUGAGGGGAUGUGCUUCACGCUCAAGUACCUGGGGAUGACACUGGUAGAGAAACCCAAAGGAGAAGACAUGGCUGCUGCUGCCAUCCGCAGGAUUGUGGCCACGGCACAGGUGGGAGCUCGCAAGUUCCAGAAGGUGAUUCUGACCGUGUCUCCAAGGGGCAUCUCGCUGCAGGAUGCAGACACGAAGGAGAUGGUUGAGAACAUCUCCAUCUACAGGAUCUCCUACUGCACAACAGACAAGCUGCAGAACAAAGUCUUCGCUUAUGUUGCCCAGAGUCAGGAGAGCGGGGCACUGGAGUGUCAUGCCUUCCUCUCACCCAAGAAGAAGAUUGCCCAGGCUGUGACCCUGACGGUGGCCCAGGCCUUCCAGAUGGCACUGGAUCUCUGGGAAGCAGCACAAGCAGGCUCUAGGCAGGAACAGCCCCUUCACCCUUCAUGUGUCUUGGAGAGCAUUGAGCCCUGCAGACCAAGUGAGCCAGCCCCCCCGGGGAGCCCUCCUUUCAGACACCAGUUUGGGGAGGAGGAAGAGGAGGAGGAAGAUGAUAACAUUGGUGAAACCUUGUCUGGCAGCAUGGAGGAGCUGGCAAGGGGAGCCCACAGUGCAGCAGACUCAGCACAUCUUGCAGCCAGAGCAAGCUCUCCUACUGCACAACUGCUGUGCUACUGCCUGGGACAACCCCCCAACAGCUGGAAGGGGCUGGGAGGGGUUGUAGAUCUCCCCACAGCUGGCCCUAAGGCACCCCUGGACUAAGCCAAGUCGCAGCAGUGAUGGACCAGACACUCAGGGUUCACCUGUGCCUGCACCUGGGCCAGAUAGUGCCUGCCCUCACACCCAGCACUGCCCAGCAGGCACGGGUUCUGCUGGCAUAGGCCAUGACACCCGCUCCUUGUCCUGCUCUCCACCUGCAUGACUGCCUCAAGCUGCUGCUGGUCCCUGUGGGGACUGGACAGAGCUCCCCAAGCCUGCUGAGCCACCCUAGAACCUGGACAGCGCGCCUAGGACUGCACCGAGUCUGACCUGCCUUGCUUCUUCCUCCCACCUUGUUCCUCGUGGUGGCAGCUGGGGACCAGCUGAGGCUGAGCCAUCCCCUGGAGAUGGUGGAGGACUUGCUCAGCAUGCAUGACCCUCAGGGAGCAAUAGCUCUUGCCCUGGAGGAGUGAGGGAGGAAAGCCUUACCCCUGCAGUGCAGCUCCACACCCUCUCACCAGUGAAAAGAGAUGGUUUUAAAAGAAAAACUCUGCCUUUUUAAGGAAAUAAACU